AUGGCUGCCGAACUAUUGGACGCAAACCGACGAGCGCUAGCGUUAGCCCUUAAGAAAACUGACGCCAACAAUUCGAACACAUCUACCGCUCGAAUUGAGAUGAUGAAGGCCGAGUCUAGAUAUCAUUCGCUGAAGCGUCGCCAAAAGGCACUGCAUCGUGAAGAGGCUACUGCUGCUCGAGGAUACGGCCAAUCUUGGUGCCAAAGCUUCUCUCAAAGCCUCCUUGAUAAGCUCCCUCGCGAGUUGCGAGAUAUGAUCUACGAUCACCUUCUCCCUCAUUCAGCAGAAGUAUCACUCCUGGGACAGGAUUGGCGCGUUUCCUUCUGCCCUAGUCAGACGUUCGGCUCGUGGAACGACAGCGAACUCGAUCCCAUCCCUCAUUAUCUAACGAGUGAGUUUAUGGGCACUUCCUUCCAGAAAGAGAUUAUGGAGGAACUCCACAGACACGCACAAUUCCGUAUCUACCACCCAAACGAUGUGGAAGAGUUUCUGGAAUAUGGCCUGCCGCUAGCAUCACUUCCGCUGCGGGCUUUCGACUUCGUUCGCUCACUCACUGUGCUGCUAUCCUUCCAAGCCCAUCAGGACGUCGACAAACCCAGGUGGCGCAGAACGGGACAGUACGAUCUUAGGCACAACUCUGGAGGAGAUCGUCAGAACUUGGAAUCUGUCGCUACCAAUCAUACCUUCGAGAAAAAGGUCAAAGUACUUGCUAUCAUCGCCAAAAUCAAGCAAUUCAACAAGCUCGAACUGCAUAUCUUGAUUCGCACCUGGACGCUUACAGGAGCGAGAGGCUUUGAGCGAGCUCUAGUUCCUUUUGUGCACGAUCUGCAAGACCGCGGAGUGAAGGUUGACGUGGAAGUUCAGCCAUAUCGACGUGAUUCCCGUCGUAACACUGAGAUGUACUCUGGCUGGAUGUGGGACUUUACCCGUCCGGAGUCGCGCUAG